AUGAAAUUCUUCACAAGCGGGCGACUGACACUAUUGACCGUGUUGACCAGUAUUCUCACGACUUCUACGUUAGCACUCACCGUCGACGUCCAUGAUCCAGAAUCCGUUAAGAAGAAUGCAGCGAUUAUCGCCCAUGGUCUGGUGCAGUUCUACCAUGGAAAUGAAACGGGCAAGAUUCCAGGAAUCGUCGACGGCUAUUAUUGGUGGAUUGCAGGCGCGAUGUUCAACGCACUUAUCAACUACUGGCACUAUACUGGCGACUCAACUUAUAAUGCUAUCACUUCGCAAGCGUUACUGUUUCAGACAGGACCAGACAACAAUUACCUGCCUCCCAACCAAACUACUUCAGCCGGAAACGACGAUCAAAUGUUUUGGGCAUACACUGUCAUGGCGGCUGCCGAGUACAAAUUUCCAGACCCGCCGGCUGAUAAACCUCAAUGGCUGGCGCUCGCACAGGGCGUCUUCAAUUCCCAGGCAGCACGAUGGGAUAGCGCCCACUGUGGAGGCGGACUUCGGUGGCAGAUCCAAAUCGCUAAUCCGGGCUACACGUACAAAAACACUCCAUCCAACGGUGGCCUUUUCAACCUGGCCUCGCGACUGUACGCCUACACUGGCAACGCCACAUUUCUGACAUGGGCAGAAAAAGUGUUUGAUUGGAUGGAAGACGUCCACUUAAUUGACGCAGCUCACAUCGUGUACGACGGCGCACAAUUCAAGGACAACCUCAAUUGCACGCAAAUCGAUGACACGCGAUGGACAUAUAACCAGGGUGUCAUGAUUCAGGGAGCGGCGACGUUGUGGAAAGCGACUAACGAUACCAAAUGGCAAACUCGAACGUUAGAACUUUGGAAUGCAGCAAAGUUCUUCUUUGACAAGCAGAAUGUCAUGUUUGAGGUAUGCGAGAAUCCGGCCGGCGCAGCCUGUAAUCAUGAUCAACAGAGCUUCAAAGCAUAUCUCGCGCGUUCGCUGUCAGCUUCCAUGGCCCUCGCGCCCUUUCUUAAACCCCUUGUGAUGCCUUACAUACAAGCCUCAGCUCAGGCUGCCGCCCAGCAAUGCUCUGGAGGCACGGACGGCGUCACCUGCGGGAUGAGAUGGUCCACCGGUGGUCCUGUAUGGGACGGCUCUUAUGGCGUUGGCCAACAAAUGGCUGCUCUAGAAAUUCUCGGUGCAAAUCUAGGAAAGAACAGCUCGGCACCUGUGACAAGCGAUACUGGUGGCACCAGCAAAGGCGAUCCACUGGCAGGGACAGGCGCCGACAAGGCCAGAAAGGGUGAAGAAUCGCUGAGAGCUAUCACGACAGGAGAUCAGGCUGGCGCGGGAAUUCUCACCGGUGUUUUGUGCAUUUUCACCAUGGGCGGUGGUUGGUAA